AUGUCUUACUACGAUGUUGAUGCCAUCCUCACAGACGGCGAGAAAGUGCCGUGUACAUUCGAACUCGACGUCCCGUACCUAGGCCACCUCGACAACUCGACAACAGGUCUCAAACCAGGAACAGCCCUGUCCCUGCCCCUCUGGCUAGCCGAGAUGCUCGCCCUCGCGUCGACGGGAGACUCCAAGGCGCCGCUGAUACUCAACAUGCCGCCCUGUCUCUCCGAGCAGGUCAUCGCCGCGCUGCGGGCCGAUCCGCGCUCGGUCACGCUCAGGGAACAGAACGUGCACCUGUACGGCGUGGGGGUGCGGAUGCUGGACCUCUUCGACGAACGCGAGAUCGGCAACACGCUCAGGAAGACGUUUGUGGUCCGAGCCGGCGAGGUGGGCCUGCACGCGAGAAAGGCUGAUGAUGGAAGCUUGGGGGGUCAAGGGGAGGAGUUCCUGCGGGGGCUGGAGGAGUGGGAAAGAAGCUUGUUUCGCAGAGCCCAUGAGGGCGUCAAGAGCGCCAAGGAAUGGACGGAAAAGGUGAAGAAAAGUUGA